UGGGACGACCCAGCGCGACCUCACCGCCGCCCACAUCGAGUCCUUCAACUACGCCGUCAGCGAGGGCGUCUAUCGCGCCGUGCAGGAUGUGCCCCCGGUGGAGUUCGCGCUGAAAGACAAGCGGCUGGCGCUGGUGCUGGUCGGGGUGUCCAUCGCCCCUCCCGCCGUGCCGGCCGGGACGGUGUGCCAGGAGAGGAGGGUGUUCCCGGCUGAGUGCCGCGGGCUCCGCAGCACCUACCGCGGCAGGAUCACCGCCGACAUCAGCUGGUCAGUGAAUGACAUGCCACAAGGGACUAUCAAACAGCCAUUAGGGUAUAUUCCAAUCAUGGUGAAGUCCAAAUUGUGCAACCUCUGUGGUUUUUCUCCACAAGACCUUAUGCAGCACCAUGAGGAGGAAGAGGAAAUGGGAGGCUACUUUAUAAUCAAUGGAUUAGAAAAAGUAAUCAGGAUGCUGAUUAUGCCCAGGCGAAACUUCCCGCUUGCGAUGACAAGACACAAGUGGAAAAACAGAGGCCCUGGUUUCACAGAGUAUGGGGUGGUGAUGCACUGUGUCAAGGAUGAGCAUACUGCAAUAAAUAUGAACCUUCACUAUUUGGAAAAUGGCUGUGUCAUGGUGAAUUUCAUUUUUCGCAAAGAGUUGUUCUUCCUCCCCUUGGGAUUUGCUCUGAAGGCAUUAGUUAAUUUCCCAGACUACCAGAUUUUUGAAGAGUUGGUGAAAGGAAGGGAAGAUGACACCUUUUAUGUGAACUGUGUUACUGAGAUGAUGAGAGCAGUGGUGGAUGCCGGCUGUUUGACACAGCAAAACGUCUUGGAUUACCUGGGAAAGAGCUUCAGAGUGAAACUCAACCUGCCUGAGUGGUACAGCAAUGAACAGGCUGCAGAUUUCAUUCUGAGCAAUUGUAUCUGCAUUCACCUGACCAAUAGAACUGAGAAGUUCUACCUGCUCUGUAUGAUGACCCAGAAGCUCUAUACUUUUGCCAAAGGAGAGUGCAUGGAGGAUAAUCCAGACAGUCUCAUGAAUCAUGAGGUGCUUACCCCAGGACAGCUUUUCCUUAUGUUCUUAAAGGAGAGGCUUGAAACCUGGCUGCAAUCUGUUAGGUUUGUUUUGGAGAAAAAAGCGGAAAAGGCAAAUAUCAACCUAAAUACAGACAGCCUGGUGAAGGCAUUUGGCAUGGCACCAGACUUCACCAAGCCAUUUGAGUAUCUGCUUGCAACUGGUAACCUGCGGUCUAAAACAGGGCUGGGCAUGUUGCAGGACAGUGGUCUCUGUGUGGUGGGGGACAAGCUGAAUUUCAUCCGCUACCUCUCCCACUUCCGCUGCAUACACAGAGGGGCAGCGUUUUCCCAGAUGAGAACCACGACUGUCCGCAAGCUGCUGCCCGAAUCCUGGGGCUUCCUGUGCCCCGUGGACACCCCGGAUGGAGAGCCCUGUGGGCUGAUGAACCACAUGACAGCUCUGUGUGAAAUCGUCACCGAGAUGGUGCCCGUGACAGACAUUCCACCUUUGUUAUGUUCCCUGGGUGUCACCCCCAUUGAUGCAGCUCCAAGCCAGCCUUACUCAGAGUGCUACAGAGUUGUGCUGGAUGGCUCCAUGGUGGGCUGGGUAGAGAGGGAGUUGGCUCCUGAGAUUGCAGAAACCCUCCGCCAUUUCAAGAUAACACAAGAGAAGAGAUUUCCUGCACGGGCAGAAGUGGUCCUUAUCCCAAUGACAGGAAAACCCAGCUUGUAUCCUGGGCUGUUCAUUUUCACUAACCCUUGCCGGAUGGUGCGGCCUGUCAGGAACCUGUCCUAUGGAAAAAAUGAAUGGAUUGGGACUCUGGAACAGAUCUUCAUGAAUGUGGCAACAAUGGAGUCAGAGGUGGUGCCUGGAGUGACCACUCACCAGGAACUCUUCCCUCACAGUAUUCUGAGCGUGGUGGCCAAUCUCAUUCCCUUCUCCGACCACAACCAAAGUCCACGGAACAUGUACCAGUGCCAGAUGGGAAAGCAGACCAUGGGGUUUCCUGUUUACAACUACAAGGAUCGCUCGGAUAACAAGCUGUACCACCUGCACACCCCCCAGAGCCCUCUGGUGAGGCCCAGCAUGUAUGACUAUUAUGGGAUGGACAGCUAUCCUGUUGGCACCAACUCCAUCGUGGCUGUCAUCUCCUACAGUGGCUAUGACAUGGAAGAUGCAAUGAUUGUAAAUAAAUCUUCCUGGCAGAGAGGAUUUGCUUAUGGAAGUGUUAUCAAGGUGGAGAGCAUUGACCUUUCCCUUAAAGCCAGCAGGGCAGGCGAUAAUUUAGUAUUUGGCAUCAGGCCUAACGAUCCAAACACUGGGGAGAAGCUGGAUGCUGAUGGACUGCCUUUUGUUGGGUCUAUCCUGCAGCCUGGGGACCCCUUCUACAGCUUCAUGAACCUCAACACAGGGGAGACCUUCACUGUGUACUAUCCGAGUAAAGAAGUGGGCAUUGUGGACAACGUUAGGUUGUGCAGCAAUGACCGUGGCACUGGGAAGUUCAAGAAGGCUUGCAUCACUGUGAGGGUUCCCCGAAAUCCCACUGUUGGAGACAAAUUUGCCAGCCGUCACGGACAGAAAGGCAUCCUAAGCCAGCUCUGGCCCGUUGAGGACAUGCCCUUCACAGAGAACGGGAUGGUUCCAGACAUCCUCUUCAACCCUCACGGCUUUCCCUCCCGCAUGACCAUUGGGAUGUUAAUUGAGAGCAUGGCGGGGAAGUCAGCAGCCCUGCAUGGGGUCUCCUAUGAUGCCACUCCCUUCACCUUCACCGAGAAGAAGUCUGCUCUGAAAUACUUCGGUGAGACUUUAGCGAGUGCGGGUUACAACUUCUUUGGGACAGAGAAGAUGUACAGCGGCAUCAGCGGGGUGGAGCUGGAGGCAGAGAUCUUCGUGGGUGUGGUGUACUACCAGCGCCUGCGCCACAUGGUCUCUGACAAGUUCCAGGUGAGGACCACGGGGCCCCGAGAUGCUGUCACCAACCAGCCUGUCAAGGGGAGGAAUGUGGAAGGUGGGAUCCGCUUCGGCGAGAUGGAGCGGGAUGCUCUGCUGGCCCAUGGCACGUCCUUCCUGCUGCAGGACCGCCUGUUCAACUGCUCUGACGGCUCCGUAGCCUAUGUGUGCACAAGCUGUGGCAGCCUGACAUCCCCUGUGCUGGAGAAACUGUCCCAAUCCUCUGUGACCAGCAGCAGGAGGUAUUCCUGCUCCCUCUGCAGCCAGGUGGACACCAUCGAGGUUGUCCCUGUGCCCCAUGUCUUCCGCUACUUUGUGGCUGAGCUGGCAGCCAUGAACAUAAAAACAAAGCUCAAUGUGGAGUAG